AACUGCUCAUUAUCAAAUCAUUUAAAGGAAAUUAAUCAACAAAAGGCAUGCAAUGCAGUUAACAGGAUCAGCAGCUCCAUAUCUAAAUUUCCGUCUUGUUUUAUUAAUCUUCCCUUGUUUUUCAUUCUUCCUUUUUUUAUCUCUUUCUUCCACUAAUACUAAUAUCUUUUCGACUUUUACCCCUCUCACAAACUUUCUUUCAAACCUCUCAUCACCAUCAUCGUAUGCAUUACCUCCUCUUCCAUCCAUAUUAAAUUCUAACGACAGUACUACUGAAUCGGUGUCCGAGUUGAGAAAUGAAGAUAAGAAAAAGAAAGAGUUGUUAUUACGGUCAAGAAUUGCUGUGUGUUUAGUAGGGGGAGCAAGAAAAUUCGAACUCACUGGACCGUCAAUAGCAGAGAAUAUAUUGAAUGUUUAUCCUAAUGCAGAUCUUUUCUUAAAUUCUCCAUUAGAUAAAGACUCGUUCAAGUUUUCAAUUUUCAAAGACAUUGCUCCAAAAAUCGCUUCGAUUCGCAUUUUUAAACCAACUAAGCUAAACGAGACUGAUUUUCACCGGCGCGUCUUCACUCCAAGAGGUUCUCCUAACGGCAUACAGGGUUUGCUUCAAUACUUCAACCUUGUAGAAGGUUGCCUGACACUGAUCAACGCAUUCCAAAUACAGAAUGACUUUACCUACGACUGGAUCGUCCGAACCCGAGUAGAUGGUUACUGGAACGCUCCACUUGCUCCAAAUAACUUCUUACCAAAUAAUCAUUACCUAGUCCCAUCAGGUUCAAGGUACGGUGGAUGCAACGACAGACUUGGAAUCGGUAAUCUCAACACUUCACAAAUCGCUCUCUCUCGGCUCUCUCUGAUACCACAACUAGACGCAGAAGGGUUUCGUCAAAUCAACUCGGAGACUUCUUUCAAAGCUCAACUCACUACACAAGGUGUAAAGUUCUUGGAAAAUCGUCUUCCUUUUUGCGUAGUAAGUGCUCACAAGUUCAAAUUUCCACCGAGAGGUCUCCCUGUUGCAUCAAUGUCGAGCCCAGGUCCACUCAGCGGGGCAUAUUGUAGACCAUGUACACCUGUUUGUGCUGGUCCAUGCGCCGAUGAUUUUAUGGCGAUUCUACCAAUAGAUUUUAGUAGGAUUGAGGGGGAAAAUGGAACGGUUCAGCUCUGUGAUGCUCAUGGUGAGUGGGAAUCCGACUGGGAGAAUAAUUUUGACCGAUUUGCAGGAGAGAAGCUCGCGGAGCUUAGGAAACGAGUUAUGGAGUCGAAAUUCGAAAAAUGUGUGAAAGAUUUUGAUGAGAUGAAGAAACGGGCAGUUAAUUGGGAUGCCCCGGAUGCUAAAGAGAUUUGUGGAAUUGCUUCAAGACGUUAGGAAAAAAAGCAAGUUGUUGUUGCCAGGUAAAAGGUGUAAGAAGUAUAUUGAGCUUUUUGUUCAUCAAAGUACAAAAAUGGUUUAUGGAUGACUCAACGUAAAUAGUAUGUUUAUCUUUAGUUUCUUAGUUAUACACUAUGAACAUGACUUUCUUGGGAGUUAUAGAGAGGAUAUACAGAAUCUGGGGAAGUUUAGAGAGCUUAAAAGCACGAUUAGAGAGAUAUAGUUUCUUCUGGUGAAGAACACGAAAAACACACAGAAACUAUUCCAGACGCUCGUUCUUUUGUAACA